CUGUUUAGAGAAGGCGAUAGGCUGGGGCACAGCAUGUGCUUUUAGCACCUCCCUGCAUGCGAUCCUCCUCGCCCUUCCUUCCUUCCUUCCCUGCUUGGUCGCGGCGGCGGGUUGAUCAACGCCGGCCAUGGCGGAGCUGGCAGGAGGAGCCGGAGCGGCCCCAAUGGGAGAUGCCUUGGUGGAAGCGGCAUCGGCUGGCCAGUUCCAGGAACUGCUCCAGCAGCCGGGCAGGUCUUUAGUGGUGGUUCAUUUUUGGGCUCCAUGGGCUCCACAGUGUGUACAAAUGAAUAGCGUCAUGGCUGAACUAGCAAAAGAACAUCCUCGGGUUACCUUUGUGAAAGUGGAAGCUGAAGCUGUCCCAGAAGUGUCUGAAAAAUAUGAAAUUACUUCAGUUCCAACAUUCUUGUUUUUUAAGAAUUCUCAAAAAAUUGACCGGUUAGAUGGCGCUCAUGCACCGGAAUUGACCAAAAAAGUCCAGCGCCAUGCAUCCAGCUUGACUGUCCCAGCUGGUUCUAACGAGAGCACCAAAGAAGAUCUCAACACACGCCUCAAAAAACUGACGAAUGCUGCACCUUGCAUGCUGUUCAUGAAGGGAACACCUCAGGGACCUCGGUGUGGCUUCAGCAGACAAAUGGUGGAGAUUCUUCACAAGCACAACAUUGCGUUUAGCAGCUUUGAUAUAUUUUCUGAUGAAGAAGUACGCCAAGGAUUGAAAACCUAUUCCAACUGGCCCACCUACCCCCAGUUAUAUGUAGCCGGAGAACUUAUAGGUGGACUGGAUAUUGUUAAGGAACUUGAGGCUUCUGGAGAAUUGAAUACGAUCUGCCCCAAGGCAAGCAAAUUAGAAGACAGACUCAAAGACCUGAUAAACAAAGCUUCUGUGAUGCUAUUUAUGAAAGGAAAUAAACAGGCAGUGAAGUGUGGUUUCAGCAAGCAAAUUAUAGAAAUUCUGAACAGCACUGGUGUUGAUUAUGAGACCUUUGAUAUAUUAGAAGAUGAAGAGGUACGGCAAGGAUUAAAGAAGUAUUCAAAUUGGCCAACUUACCCACAGUUGUAUGUAAAAGGUGAACUUGUUGGAGGUUUGGAUAUUGUCAAGGAACUAAAUGAAAACGGUGAAUUGUUGUCUAUACUGAAAGGAGAAAACUAAUGCAAAUGAACACAUUGACGAAGACAAAUUUGAAAUGCAAAACGUAUGAUUAUUAAUUGCACUGGAACAAUUCAUCACCUAGCUUUGGCAGAAGAAGUGGGAUGCUGGUUUCUGACUUCAUACUUCACCUGGUCAUGCUAGAGAUGUAUGUAAAUGUAGGUUUUCGCCCCACAUAGAAGGUGAUGAGCAUCUUAAAACUGAAUUAAAGCUGGAGUUCAAAAAUG